CUCCUCCCCCUCCCCCUCCCCUUCGUUCCCCUUCGAGAAAUCUCUUCAUCCAAUUAUAAAUUCCGAGUCGGAUUCCUCGAUUCGGAGAAGGAAAUGUCGAAUUAUCAUCAGAUUUUAACAUACUGAUCGUUAUCCGAUCUCAGAAAAAGGUCAAUUUGUCCUCUAUGUUCCUUUUUCUGAGAGCAAUUCAAUUGAAUCGAUGGAUCCUUUUGGCCUGUUCUCCGGGGUUUUCUCCAUUACUUAAUUUUGGUGAUUUCGACGUGGGGUUGAUUUAUUUUGUUGGAGUUCCAGCUAAACCUCAAUGAAUACCAGAUUUCAUUGAGGACACCCCAAAAGAGGAACACUGGUCGGUUGUCAACCCAUUAGAGAAGGCAAUGUUCAGCAAGUCUAGGGGCAAUGGAGAAUAACGGUAUCAUAUCUCACUCUGUUGAGACACAACUAUCUUCUGGUCCAACUACUAUCAAUAAAGAUGGAAACUUUGCAGAGGAAAAUGGCAGCAAUGGUUCAUUUAUCAACCAAGCUGCUAUAGAUUGGAACGAGAUAAGAAGAGAAUGGGUUGGUGAUCUAUCAAAGAAAUCUCAUAGACCACCAAGAGAACCAAUAAUGAGCUGGUGCAUAACUUAUGAUGAUCUACUUUCAAUCAAUCAACCUUUCCCACAACCAAUCCCUUUAUCUGAGAUGGUAGAUUUUUUAGUUGACAUUUGGCAUGAAGAAGGGCUUUAUGAUUAGAGGAGGACCCUCAUUGCAGCAGUAACAUGGGUUUAGUCAUGGAAAUCAAGUAGGGAUUACUCAUCAAAAGCAUUUAGACAAAAAAUUUUAUUGUGUAAAACUAGCAUAAUUUUGACUUCAGCAUUUAACCUAAACCCUAUUGACAUUGGAAGCUGUUGAAUGAGGAUAGCAAGUACCUGUGAGUUAAUGUCAUCUUUUAUGCCUUGGUAGUAUUUCGGGCAAAAGGGCCAUCUUAUCAGCAUGUCAUUCUGUUAGAAUUAGACCCUCAACUCGGUAAACAUCAAAAACAAACAUUUUGUGCUAUUGGUAUUGAGUGUUUUCUGUUAUUUUAACAGAUUUCCAAUUGUAUGGCCUACAUAGACUUCACCAAGGAUAAUUCUAAAACGAUAGAUUACUGGCAUUU